GUUGUCCCAUCUCCAACAGUGUUCCGAAUGGAGACAGACCUUCUGGUUGGGAAAGAAGGACACCCAAGACAUUCAAUCACCAACAUAUCUGUAGCUCAAGUGAACACGCACGAAGCAGAUGCACCCAUAGCCAUCGAAAGAGCUGAGGAGAUCAACGAUCUAGCAACUACUUCAACUAGCACUGAUUCCUCUACCCAAACAACAUCCACCAAUUCCACGACCUCCACCACCUCGACGACCUUCAUGCCAUCCACUUCCAUGAGCUCAACUGAGACCACUGAAGGGUCUACUGAGCUGCUACCUACGACAGUGUCGGAGUCCAUAGCAACUGAGGAAACGAGCACAACCACAACGCCGUCAGUACAGACGACAUCAGUGAGAAUGACUACUGAGAUGGAUGAAGUCAACACAACAGAAGGCGCAAAGGUGGUCGACGUCGAGGCAGACCUAGAACACCCAAAGGCAGAAGAGCGCAGAUCGACGUCGACCGUGUCUGUGGAUCUGGAGGAGGACCAGAACACAGAUCUCACGGCAAACGAUGAUUCGGAAGAGAUUGCUGAGAGCGAAUCGAGUACACGUACAGGAAAACAACUUUCAAGAGAACUUGAAGAGUCCGUAAGACAUCUCGAGAAGGCCUUAGAUGACGCAGAUCUCAGGAGGAAAAUCAGCACCGAAGAUUCCGCUCUGGAGCUAUCUAUCGUCAAUCAGACUUUUUCGGAGGAGGACGCUAUUCUAAGGGCAGCGUCUGAGCUGAAAACUAGGGUUCGUAGCGAUGAAGCCGGUGACCACAUUCGAUCAGUAUUUGGCGCUGAUCGUCUAUUCGUGGAAUUCGGACGAGUCGUUGAGGAGAAAGAGCUUCCAAACGGCUCCUGGGGAGGUCCUAUGUUCGCCGAUAAUAGACGAACACGAAUGGUCGCUGCAAUCGAGAAACUUAUCCGCUCUGGAGCUUUCAUCGACGAGCCGUUCGUUUUUCACGUGAAACGAAUCGGUGAAUGUUGCAGAUGA